CGAAAUAUUCACAGCAAUUUAUCAUGUAAAUUAAUUAAAUCCCUUGAAUCAUGAUCUCCCACGUUAGGAGAUCGACAUGUAGAUUCAUUUAUAUUCUUGGAAGUCAUUGUGACACGUUGUUUCUAAUAAAUUUUCGAGUUAGCAUACAUAUUUAGAAACAUACUGCGAGUUAUUCUUGAUUUCAUAAUUGUAAAGCACAUCAAAAAAUAUUGUCCUUUCCCAUCCAAGUUUUUGAUAGUGGCACCUCCUUUUUGUAAAAUUUGGGAACCUAUCUUUUACGAUACCAGGAUUUUCACAUACAUAAAUUUCCGAGAUGAUCAGAUCUCCAAAGGAUUCUCCUCCGAAAUGCACGCUGGAAACGAAUAUAUCCAAAGUUGGUAACAUUAUUGAAAUGUUACCUGUAAACGGAGGUCAGAAAUUUACAAGAUUAAAUCUCCCCCAUCCAACAAGCCAACAAAUUUGUGCUUCCGCCAAAAUCCACCGUCCCACCAAGAACUCAGCUAAAUGCGUAAAAAUCACCCGAGCCAGGAUAUUCAUCCUAGCCAACACUGCAAUCGUACUCCUCUUGAUCAUCUUGGGGGCAUUUUACCCACCAAAACUCGACUUACCUUCCCCCUUGGAUGGAGAAACUAGUAGUCACUGUUCUCCCCCAAAACAUGAACCGCCAUCUGGAAAGAACUCCCCGAAAAUAAGCACCACGUUCAUCCGCUCUGUCCCCGACUUGUACAAGAUAACCAACCAAACGGCGCAAAUCACCCUGGAAACAUCCAACAUUUUGGUGUGGGUGAAAGGUGACCGGUCAGACUUUAACUGGUCCUGUCUGCCCCGAAUAGAACACCCGACCGAAGUCGAGAUCCGCACCCUGACCAGAGACUGGCACUUCAUCCACGACACGGUAAACUGGCUGAGCCUCUCAAUUUCUAACUUAACCGUGGACGCCAAGCUGUUUAACUGUUCCCUGGAUAAAAUCGAACCUGAUGAUACCUAUGAUCCCAUCGUACUUUCUAAAUUGAGCAACCUCCACCUUAAAAAUAUUAGUGCAUGCUUCAUCACAAAAUUUGUCACGGUUUUUAAGUUUCCGAACAUAGAAAGCGUAAACAUUCAUGGGUCGGACGAGAAGGAGACGUAUCAUCGCACCCUCAUCACGCUGUUUCGCGGACAGUCGGAAAAGUUUACUAGUUUGACCACCCUGUGUACGAAUAAGUGUAAAAAAUGAUGACGGAACGCACGUCAAAGUUUGUAACCCUCGGAACCGCGUGAGCUUUGUAACUUUGCGGAACCACUAAGGAAAUUUACGAACAUUUACCAAGCUUACGAACAACAAAUGCAUGGUUUUUCAUUCGGAAACAGAAGUUCAUACAUACAUUAUUCGAGCCUUUCAUAUUUUUAUAUUUCCGUUGAAAUUAUGAGACGGUUUUUUUACCUUUACUUUUUUUUUACUUUUUUUUUUACUUUUUUAGAAAAAGAAACGUUUACCAAAAUGUUUGCAUAGUCAACUUACAUAUAUCAAAAGUGCGCAGUUACGUAGUUACAAACUUGCCGUGAAAUCCCUCAAUACAAGGAAGUUUUGGGAAAUGUAAAUAAUAAUUUGUAGACAUGUAUGUCAUUGAUUCAUGUUUUUCUUUUUGAGAUAAGUAAAUAAUGAUGCGGAAACGGAUCCAUGCUUUUUUCAAA